UGCUAAACAUGAGACGGUGUGUGCACUUGUGCGACCAUGUUAUCUUAGUUGUUGUUUUUAACUUCCCCUUUAAUGUAUGUUUUUCAAUUGAGUUGUACAGGUUAAAGGUUAACGAAUAGUUGUUGUUUUUAAAUGAUUUACGGUCUGAUUUUUUUUUUUUUUUGUAGACCAAAAAAACAUUUGCGUAUCCUUUUUUUAUAUCUGCUACAGCCUCCCUUCGCUUUGUUAACAGGUGUAUUAUUUACUACAUUGUAGUCGUAGAAUGUGUGAGAGCAUUUGGGUCGUGUAGAAGCGGUCCUUUUUUAAAUCCUGAACGUACGUCCCUGAUGGCCUCCCCUCCCGUUUCCGCCUCCCCUGCUGUCUCUUUAAGAGGCAUCGACGUCGCAGUGGACUCACUCGAUGUGGGCGCUUCAUGGCUGCAGGAUGCGCUCGGAUCCGCAUCGGCUGCGUCUUCUCGCCCCGAUGCCAGCGACGCGCCAGCUGCAGCCUCGCUGUCGUCGUUGUCGUCCGCGUGAGCCGCACGCUCUGCUCCGAGGCUUCUGACACGAGUCUUGCUGGAAGGACUCUGUGCCUCCCUCACUUGAGGCAAGCAUGUCCGUAACGCUCACCCCAAGCAGGAAGCCUUCAUUAGGUCAGCGCAGGCGCUCGGCAGGAACGAGUGGCAGCAGUGGACGAUGCACCCAUAGUGACAUGUCCAGCACCAGCAACUACCCGCUGAAGAUCAAGACGACAGAGGGAAGUCUCACCCCUCAGAUGCAUGCCAGUACUUCGAGGCGUCAGGCAAAGCACACGGUGUGUAGUGACAACCAUGGGAUCAGGCCUCCCACUCCAGAGCAGUACCUCACACCUCUGCAGCAAAAAGAGGUGUGUAUACGUCACCUGCGAGCCAGACUGAGGGACAACGUGGAGAGAUUGCAACACAGGGACUAUGAAAUAGAUGAGUUGAGGACUCAGCUGUACAGGAUGCAGGAAGACUGGAUCGAAGAGGAAUGCCACCGUGUGGAGGCCCAGUUAGCACUCAAAGAGGCCCGCAAGGAAAUUCAUCAGCUCCAAGAAGUGGUGGAGUCCGUGAGGUCCAACCUUGGUGUGCGGGAGCAAGACCCCCAUCACAACCACAAGCCAUACACGUCCCAGGACCCGAGGACCGGCGGGAAGUCUCGCUCCUGCGGCUGCUCUCCUGCCGGCACUUUGACCCGCAGCAGGCACAGGAGCGGCGAGGCCCUGCAGACCGAGUCAAGCCGAGCGCCGCGCCACCUGCUGCUGGAGGCGGCGCUCCCGUCGGAGCAGACGCCUCGACAGGGCCGCGUCAAGGGAACGGCGUCUCCCUCGCCCGCCUGUGACCUUCUUUGCCGAGGGGCCGCCGCGUUGCCUGUCUCGCACUCCUGCCACUCUCUGGGCGGAAGCUGCUACCUCCCUCAUCAUCACUUGUUCCUGCACUUACCUCAGGAGGAGCCCCCGGAAACGGUCGCCUCGACUCUGACUGCAGUCGCCGUCCCGAGUGCUCCGGCGGGGAGGAAGCCAGAGGUGCGCUCGCAGGCCUGCAGUCCGACCAUGACCUGGCUUUCCUGCGAGGAAAACGGCGCAGAGGAGCUGAGUGUCAUUUCUGCAGCGUCGGUGGACGCGAGCCCCGCGCAGCCCCUCGUCUUCCCGACGGCUUCACCUCCUCUGUCUCCUCUCGAGAAUCCCCAUGUGUGCCAACCCCGCCCCGCGGCUCCUCGGAGGCAGGAAGCUGCUGUCCUGGAGAUGGAGGAGGACACCAAGGAAGAAGCAGGAAAUGACGAUUCGCUUCAGCCGUGCCACUGGAGCCCGUACUUUCUCGUGGAUCUGUUGGCUUUGGCGGUGCCGGUGGUCCCAACUGUGGCGUGGCUGUGUCGGGGGGCGCCUCGGGACAUCGUGCCCGUCUAUCAUAUCGGGUCCUUGCUGAGAGGAUGCUGCGCUGUGGCCCUGCACUCGCUCCGUCAAAGAGGCGCGGGCCAAGGACGCAGGCCGGCCAGCGUGAGUGGAACACCGAUCUGAAUUUGCAUCUCAAUCGAUGAUUAAAAAAAAAACAAUCAGAUUAAUCAAUUUUUAAAAUUUGGAUUCAUCUUGAUUAAUCACAGGCGCCAAAUAUACCACACAUAGUACCACAUUUUGCUUUGAGAUGGUAUUUUAAACUUAUGCUUUGAGGAAAAGAGAGUUCAGCAGUGCACUAUAUGCAAAUUACCUUUUUUUUUUUCCCCCCCCAAAAAUCCAAUGGGGUGACUUUUGAAGCAAAAUUUGCCGCCGAGCACACUAAAUCGGAGUCUCCUCACUUAUCUUUGCACCGGCGUAAACAUUGACCUGAUCACUGACCUCAUAGCAACCUGCACUGCAUUUUAGAUAUCCAUCCGCGGUUAAGGAUUAAAGGAGCGUGUGUGUGGUCAAAAUAAAUAGUGUGAUUAAUCUGAGUUAAUACAUGAUUCAUGCAAAUUAUUUUUUUUUGUGUGAUUAAUCAUAAAAUAACGCUUUAACUUUGACAGCCCUAAUCUCAGUCCUCCUGCCUCCCUCAAAUAUACAGGUACUAACUAUCCUUUGGAUAUGUUAUUUUUGACACGCACCUGUAAUAUUCGGACACCUUUGUGGCAAAAAUGUACGCACACAAACUGCUAAACAUCAUAAAUCAAUAACCUUUUUUAUUUCCAACAGCUGUGUUGUGUGCGUGUACAUUUUUAAGCCACGAAGGUUUCCAGACGAGGGUGCAAAAUAUGUAAGAGUAUAAACGACACGAGGUCUAAAAAUCAUAGUAAUGAUCAUAAAAGAAAAGAACAUUUCCUGCUAAGUUGCAUGCCACAAGCUGAAACACAGCCUAAAUGAUUGCCAAAUCAAUUUAAAAAAAUAAAAAUAAAAAAAAAUUUAAAAAAAGAGAAAUGUACACUAAUGCCCGCGGAGGUAUGAGGGUUAAAUGGACAACAAAUCUAUUAGAGGCACAGCUAUGACAAUGACUUUUCUUCUCAUUUGCUGGAUUUUCCCUGUGGAAUAAGAUUGCAGCAAGUGCAUGAUGCAUCUCUGAGCCGCCAGUCAUGAAAACAAACCGUUGGUUGUACAUGCAUGACAUCAUAAACUAUCAAGUGGAACCUCCAAAGUCAAACAAUGCUCGUUGGGUAUUUAAAAUGUUAAUUUACGAAGGACCGUGUUUACACACAUUUUGACAAAAUGGAUAUUUUUUUCCCCAAUAGAGUAAGCACUUAUUUUCCUGUUAUCUGUAAAGAAAAAAUAUUAUAUAUAGUACAUAUAUGUAUAUAUAUGUUUGUUUUUUUCUGUCAAAAGCCUCCAAAGACAUUACAUCUGGGUUUUCCCAAAUUGUUUAAAGGGAUAGUAAUCUUUAUGUAAACUUCUGAAUUUGAAGUAAUGAAAAAUUCUCUUAAAAAAAAAAUCCCUCUCUCAUUGUUAUUUUGCAAAUAGAAAUAAUUUGGGUAAUCCUAAUUGACCUACAAUGGGAAAGGUUUAGUCUGAUUUCAUGUCAGACGGCGAGGAAGGGGGAAAAAAAGGGGUAUUUCUUUUUCAACAGUGCAUGUAAACAUCUGGUUUCAAAUGUAGUUUAUCAAGUAAAAUAAAUAGUACGGUCGGGCAAAUGAUCAUUCGUCGUGUAUACAACCAUCUUCUUUCGAGAUAAUUACAUAACUUUCAGAAAUGUAAAAAGCUUUACAAGGACUAAAUGGUUGGCAACAAAAAAAGUGAGAGGACCUAACUUUUUCUUUUGCCAUGAACUGCUUGACCAAUGUGUGUGUGGACGUAAGGUUAUAUUGUGAGCCGCGACUGUUUGACUGCAAAUGGUUUUGUCUAAUGCAUUUUUAAGAAAGCGUUUCAGGUCUAUUUUUAAACUUUGUAUAUCUACGGACUGAAUCAUCGAGUAUAUUAAUAUAAUCAGGACAACGGAGGAUAACUUGAGGUCACAAUUGACUAACUUUUCCCCAAAUAUUACAGACAAAAGGCUUUUUUUUCUGUGUCAUUUAGCAAAUCCUAAGCACGUAAUUACAGUGAUAUACCGUGAUGAGUUUAAGCCUUUUGAAAAAGAGUAUAGUAAAAUGUUUUUAAUUUACUGUAUAUCUUAACCUGCAAAUGUAUCACUCCUUGAAUCUGUAAUAUUACAAAAGCAAUGAGACCUACUGACUGUACUCUUUUAUUGUGAAGAGUAAGGAACAGAAUGUAACAUCCACAGCUUGUAACAACUCCUUGAAAUAAACGCAAUCACAAACUGCAA